AAAGCGGCAUUGUCGGCGAAAGUAUGUAUUACUUUUGUAUAAAAUGUAAUGUUCGGUGGGGCUAAUUGUAAAGUUGGACACCGUUUCGGGCGGCGAGGAAACCAAACCACGUGACCGGGAGAAAUAAAGCAUGCGAUCCUUUAUUGCCGAGUAGAUCGCCGACUCUUUGCCCCCUCCAUGAUCGCCGGUUGGCCCGAUGCCGAACCCGUGGAAGAAGUUCCGGGCGGGCGGUGGCGGCGGCGGGGGCGGCGGAGUGUCCCGGCUCCUCGCCGAACUCCGGCCUCCCGAGCGAGGUGGCUCGCUCGUCGUCCAGACCGGCUUCCCGACCUCCCUCGCCGACCUCGUCGUCAAGAACCGCGGCCGCUUGAAGAAGCCCUCGCGGAAGAAGAAGCUGCCUCCGUCCGACCUCGACUCCUCCGCUUCUGGUCCCGUCGCAACCCCCGUCGUAGCGACACCGUCGGACGAUGGAGCUCGACCCGGCGCCGCCUUUGUAAACCGCCCCGUUCCGGUAACUGAGGAUGGCUGCUCGUCGUCGCUCAUUUCUACUGAGACGGAUAGGAAGAGGUUAAAGACAGGGUUGGGGUUUCUUUUGGCAAUGAUGUCGGUUUUGGUGCUUCUGGCUAUCGAAAGAAAGAAGCUUGUCGUGGGGAUCACAGUCUCCGCCUUUGCACUUCGGCUGCUUGAUUCCAUGAGCUUUCAAAUGCUUGGAUUCUUGAAGCCGUGUCCGGAGGCACAGAGCAGAUUGAAUUCGGUCGUCGUCGGGGGAUGGGAUUUAGAAGGGAGAGGAGUGGUCUCCCCUAUUAGGGAAGUUGGCAUCAGUAGCUCUUCGGAUACAGUAAGAUCAGAAAGGAACUCGGUGGAAUCGAUUGAUUUGGAUCCGAGGAGGGAGGCUUUGUUGGAAAGGAGGGAUCUUGUCGGAGCUGGGAAGGCUUGCCAUGAGCAUGAUCAUCGUUCGAAGGGUAAUUCGAAGGUGAAGAAGCUUUUCAGGAAGUUCGUUCCGAAGAAAUUUCGCCGACGAAGUGACAAGAAGAACGCGGAAGAGCUGAUUUCUGAUUUGAGUAGAAGAGGAGCCUCUGAUGGCAUUACAGAAAUAGAAGAAGAAGAAGCAGUCAAUGGAGAUGAUGAUAGUCAUGCAGUGCUCGGUAGUGGAGAUGUUCUAAGCAUCAAUGCCUUCAACAAGGUGACUGAUCAUGAUAGAAAGGAUGUGGAAUUUAGUCGAGAAAACUUGUGUGAAUCUAAAUCAGGGAGCUUGCAUCAAUUGUGUUUUUGUGCAGUUGUCCUUUUGGGACUUCUGGGUGGCAAGAGUGUAGCCCUUGUUCUAACCGUGUCAUGGUUUCUAUUUCACAAGUCAAUCAAGACCCUGUGGAGGAAAGGAACGGAUUUGUUUGUUUGAUUGUACAAAAAAAAUUUUGGUUUCCCAAGUGAUGGAGCUUUUUGUGUAUCGCCUUACUCCGGAUGUUCGUGUUGGUCGUUCGAGUAAGUGAACAAAUAUAUGGUAAAGGUGAAAUGAAAUUAUAGAUGUUUGUUACGACUAAUUCUAGCUGCUUUCCUUUUUCUGGUUUUAGUUCCUUUGGAAAUUUGCUACAUUUCAUUACUUUAUAUAUUCUUUUGAUCAUUGAUUCUGAAGUGCAAGAACCUUUCCUUUGAAUAAUUAACAUUUUUACAGCCUAUUUUUAGAUUUUAUGCUUUUUGGUUUUAAAGCCAAACAUCUUUGACUCUGUUUCUAGAUGAUAAUUGUCGGAAAGUUUCUCUCUUGCAUCUUACUUAUGUUCUCUUCUCAAUGUUUCAGUAAUUAAGGAAAAAAAAGCUCCUAAUAAUCUUGAAUGGAUUAACUUGGUAUCCACUUACCAUAAUUAUCGUCCUAUUAGUAAAUAUAUAUGUGUAUUAAUGAUGCAAAGAGGAUGCUUCCUAUGAACUAGGUUCUUUUUCCCACCUAUUAAUGAGUGACUAGGUCUUCUUACAGAAGAUACUUCUAGAAUCAAAUUAGUCACAUUUUAAAGCAUCAAGUCAGUAGUUGAGAAUGUUAUAUAUCUUCGUCUCCAGCAAAACCAUGGUGUAGUGACCAUACCGAUGGUAUUUACUGGUUCAAGCCAGCAGGCUGGUCGGGGGUUAUAGUGAUGCAAAAGUGUUGGUAGCAUACAUUGAUCUAUUUUUUUAAUUCUUGCAAUGGACAAUUUUAAUAUCUGAACCAGUCUGACACUCAUAAAAUAGAACCGGUCAAACAUUUUGAGACCCUUGAACGGUGAAAACAGCCAUCAGUGGGACCUCGAUGAUAUGCAGGGAGGAUGUUAUGUUUAUAUAUCUUAAUAUCUGUUUGUAUGGAUCCCACCUACCACCUUCUUUCUUGUUUUCCUUUGUCUGUUUGUACCGAUGUACCAUAUCAGUUUGUGACCUCGCCACUAGACCUGGCUUUACUCAAGUUUUAGGACCUUGAUGCUAUUAUAGUUUCAAGUGCAGAAAGAAAGAUGAAACUUGAUGAUGGUGUAUCUGUUGGAUGCUUAUAUUUGUAAAUCUGAAGAAGUACAGUAUAAUCAUAAGAUAAUAGUCAUCAAGUCGCAUUUGAUGGUCAAUUUUGUGAGAGAUACAUGUGACGGUCAGCCAUGAUGUAGCUACACAUUCUCUUGGCCACAUUCCACUGCUCUAGAAAAUUAUAUUAAACUAAGUACUAUUAUUGAUGAAUCUUUCCAGUUAAGUUCCAUUUAGAUUAUUUUUUUGAUCUGGCUCUCUCCAUGUUUCUUUCUGAUCUUUUAAUCAAAUAACUAAACAGAUUGGCUGAUCUGUACUUUAUUAUGCUUGUUCACUCAGAAUCUACAAUAACUAAAUUAAGAACUCAUUUGAUAACAUAUAUUGACUGCUUGAAGUCAACCUAAAAAAUUCACAAAAGGGUACUGAUUUUACUCCCUUGAACACAUCUUCUACAGGUUAACCUUAAAGUUCUUGAUUCUCAAACUUAACCCGAUAAUGCCAUUGCAAGCAGAGAUAUGCUAGAUAGCUUGUUUCUAUAUGGUUUUACCGCAUUUCUUGCUUCUUACUGAGUGACUCUCAUUUUUAUUCUUUUGGGGUGCUGGUGCUGGUCCGUAACAUGCCCUGUGAUUGGAUCUGCUACUGGAAAUAUCUCCGGAAUUCCAAAGUUGUGAAAGGUUAUGCAAACAUUGGCCGAGAAAGGACAAGUUCUAUUCAAGGAUGCCAUGUUAAGGACCAAAACUUGUUUAUGGCUUGAUCUUUCCUGUAGGUACUCUUCACCAUUCCAGGAUUUCUCUUGAGAUUUCAGUGCUCUCCAGAUAUGCCGAUGCUCCAAUUCAGUCAAACGAGGUGUGCAAUGCUAUGGUUUUCCGGUGCUGCUUCUCUGGUUAUUUGCAACUUUCUUGCAAGGGCUGCAUCUUGAACAUAGAAGCUUCUUUCAUCUUCCUCUUUGAUACCACAUGGUCUCACUCAUAGUCAUAUGAACAAAGUGGCUAUUCCAAACUUCAGCAACUCGUGCACUACAAGGAGAUCUGUGAUGACACCUAAGCUAUCAAACUGCUUGUUGCUGGAUCUAUGACCUGAACUCAUGUCACUUGAUGGCAUCCAAAUUAAUGUGGAUUCUCUAAGCCAGGCAAAGGCUGAAAGAGGAAAAGGCCUCAGUUCCUCAUGCACUGUUCAGGAAAUAAGUAUCUAUAGAUACAGGGAGAUCUGUGAUGACUUCUAAGGUAUCAACCUGACCUGCUUGUUGUCAUGAUCUAUGGCCUCAACUCAUGUCACUCGAUGGCAUUAAAUUAAUUUGGAUUCCCUCAGCCAGACAAAGACUGAAAGAGUUUAAAGGCUUCAGUAAUUCUGCACUGUUCAGGACACAACAAAGAUAUAUGGUCUCAGAGAUCUGUGAUGGCAUCCAAGACAUCAGAUUGCUUGUCAUGAUCUGUAACCUCAGCUCAUGUCACUUGGUGCCAUCAAAAUAAUCUAGAUUUCCUGAGGUAGGCAAGAACAGUAAAAUUGUACUGAUGCUUCAAAUGUUUUUGGAGUCUGAUGAGAAAACUGAAGUGUGGCAGGAAGACCUAUGCCUGAGCCUUUUGUCUAGUUUCCCAUGGAAUGGAGUUCUGCUAAUCUAAGAUUAUUGAGUCAUGAAAAUAUCCUCUUUAAAUAUUUAAAAAUAAAAUUAUGUACAUAAAUAUUUUUCA